UCUCGCAUCCGGUCAGCCAGUGGUCAUGCUGGCAUGGUGGAGCUGCCGUUGGCGUUCGACAGAAUCCAAGAAGAUGUACAUGCAACCUGCAAGAGAUGUGCAUGCCAAGCGGAAACUUGUUAACACUGGAGAUGAGUUGAUGUUCCCUGUGAAUGCUCGAAGGACGUGCCGAAGAGAAAGAUCCGCAUCACGAAACGUGGAGAAGCGUAUCGUUUGGAGCGAGUGCUGCGGAGGGCAGAAUUCUAGUAAUUAUGUAUGCGUGUUUGACAUAUGUUCCGGGGGUCAUCUCACCCUUCUUCCCAUUUCUUGUUUCCCUUCUCCUACAACUCUCCCACCCUUGUGAAUUUCUAUAUGCCAAACCCAUCAGAAUGCUCACAGGUUUCCAAAGUUUUUGUUCACCCCGAAGCGUGGGCCAUCGCACCAGGCCGGGUCAAGAAAAUAUGACCGACUGGGAGGUGCUCAAACAGUUGUUGGACCGCAACCCCUACGUUUUGCUACACGUUUUCACCUCCGGCGUACUGUCAUUAAUUUACAAUAGCCUGCAGUAUACCAUGGUCCACAAACUCUCAGCCACGCAUGCCACCUUUGCGGGCAACUUCAACAAGGCUGCCACCAUUGCCUUGUCAUUAUUCUUGGGCCUCGAGGCACUCCCCUCUGGCUUGUACGGGAAGAUCUUCGUCCUAGCUAUCUUGGGCAACAUCACGGCCUUCACUGCCUUUAGUGCUUCAAAGGCCAAAUGACUGAGAGACGAGGGGACUUCCGUGGUAGCAAGUCUCGCGCCAUGGCGAGCUUUCUCCCCACCAAUCGGGUGACACCGUUUUGUGCAAAUUGGUUCGGUAAGAAGAAGUGACAGCGGUUGCCGUUUGGAUGUGAGAACACUUGCUAGUCCGAAUCGUUGCAAGCCGCGGGAGCUUGUAACUGUCAUGUACAGCAAUUGAUUUCAAUAAUGAAUGUUGGUCAUUUGGAAGACCAAGGCCCUUCGCAAAUUCUGGGCAGUUGUCGAUUUGAAGUGCCCAUGUGGGACGUCGCGUUUUUUCGUGGUUUCAGUUUCGCACGUCCAGAGUGAGGAGAAGCAAUCGAUCAGUUAUCAGUCAGAGUAAACUCUUUAGUAGCCCAGAGAGUAGGCAUGUUAAUCCGCAACAUGGUCAA